ACGAAGGGAGGGUUUUCUAUUUCUACCCGCAGUGCCGUGCGCCGUCACGGCUCUUGCUCUUCUCCGUCUCGCGAGGUCUUCGUCUGGCGAUCGAGAGAUAGAGAGAGAGCCGCCUUCGAUCGUUGAGAUGAAGCGCUUGUUUCUCGAAAUCCCCAGUAUGUUCACGUCAGGCAUUCUGUUCAGAGGUUUCCUGAUUGCUGUCUUUGUUGAUUCGAGUUUCUUCUGCUUAUGGCAAAGGAAAGUUGUGAGUUGAUACUGAGUAAGUAGGCUUCGUGGAGGUUGACUCAUUGAAAAGAAUUUCUUACCAGUCAACGUUCGGUUCUUUUAACAAAAAUGGAAGCAAAGAACGUAAGGGUGUUGGAUGAUAGGAUGUUUGUUUCUGCUUCCAAGUUGAAGGAAACAGCAGCAGCUUGUGUUGCUUGUUUGGCUGGUUCUGGCAAUGCAUUGGUUCAACACGAGUCUAGUUUUGCUCAAGCCAUUAGGCAUUGCAGCAAGGCUUCUACUGGGGACUGCAAGACUAAUUUCAGUUGUUUACAAAGUCAUUCUCUUCGAAACCACCAAAAUUUUAUUAAGAGUGGGUUGCCACAACGUGUUUUGUUUCACCAUGAUGAUGCAUGGAAAGAUUUUCCUGGUGGUAUCAUUACAGUGGUCCAGGGAGAUUUCCAAAGGAAAAAGGCUGUCACUGAAGUAAUUCUUGAUAACCAACAUGUGUCAUUAGACUUUUAUCAUAUGGUCUGCACAACAUUAGAAAGCGGGUCACGAAAACCAAUUGCUUGGAUUGAUGAAAAUGGUAAAUGUUUCUUUCCAGAAUACAUCCUGAAUUUUGUGUGUCAUGUCGAUGCUGUCAUUUGGACCAAGAGGGAUGCUAUUCAUACCACUUGUGUGCGUAAUGGGACUCGUGAACCUGAAUUCCAGAAGGUUUCUGUUAGUGCUGCCGAAAGUUCAAAUUCAGAACAGCCAGAUGUUGAGAUAUUCUCCAAAGCAGAACAGAAUGAGGAAAUUUUUUCUAAUUACCAGAAACAUGAACUUCUUGAAAAAACUGGAGAAAAUGAACCGUGUUCUCUCUUUCCUUCAAAUUUUACUGGCUUUAGACCUUUACAGAAUAAAUCAACUAAGCCUGCUACUGGUCCAGAUGUAUAUAGUGCCGUGCAGAAUAUUUUAUUGUUAGGCUUGCGUCGGUAUGUUUGUGAAAAGGACAUAGUUGGAAUCUUUAGAACCCCGUUAUUGGAUAAUACAGGGCAAGUUCGUUUUAAGCGUUUCCAAGAGAAGGUUGAGCAUACUAAGGUUCAUCGUGGCAAUGCAAAUGUACGCUAUGCUUGGCUUUCUUCUGCCAAGGAUGCUGUUGAGGAUGUCAUGUUAAAGGGUUUCAUGACAAUGAAGGCACCUUCUCAUGGACCAUCUUUUGGUGUUGGUGUUCAUCUUGCUCCAGCGAAUUGCUCUGAUAUCUGUGCUAGUCAUUCUGAUGUCGACGAAAAUGGUAUAGUGUAUAUGAUGUUAUGCCGGGUUAUAAUGGGAAAUGUGGAACUCAUUCAACCUGGAUCUAAACAAUUCCAGCCCAGUAAUGAAAAGUUUGAUAGUGGUGUUGAUGAUCUCCAAAAACCAAAGCAUUAUGUAGUAUGGGAUACAAAUAUUGAUACUCACAUCUAUCCAGAAUUCGUUGUGACUUUUCGAAUGCCUUCUAAAGCCAAAGAAUGUUUGAAUGGCAAAGAAAGCAUAUCUAAUUUAUCUGGCCUCACAAAUUCUAGUUCUAGCCCAUCCAAGGAGGGAAUGUGUUCAUUGCUCCCAUCUUCGAUGAAGACAUCUCAGGAAAAAGAACAAGUAGCUUCUGGCAGAGGGGCAAGAACCCCCACAUCACCCUGGAUGCCUUUCUCAAUGCUUUUUGCUGCUAUUUCUACUAAAGUACUUCCUCAAGAUAUGGACUUAAUCAAUACUCAUUACGAAGAGUUUAAGAGAAGAAAGAUAACCAGGAUCGACCUUGUUAAAAAGUUGAGACAGAUAAUUGGAGACAAACUGCUAAUUUCUACUAUUACACGGCUUCAACACAAGCUGCCACCAGUGGCAAGGAGCGUAGGGCCGAAACCAUGGUGCAAGAAUUAUGAGGCCAAGGAAUGAGUCCAUUGCAGGUUGAAACUCUGAAGCAACAACGAUAAGCCGACAUUACUGGAAUGCUAGUUCCGACCAACUUUUAGGUAAUUAAGUAAUAUAGUGCAUUUUGGUGCCUUAUUUAUUUUAUUUUGUAUCUAUAUAUAUAUAUAGAACAUUUGUGGUAGUUCAACAUGUGUGUGUGCGUGUGGAGGGGAAACUUCCAGGAUGUUUGCCUCAAGUUGCUUUUAAGAAUGGCCGAUUUCUUUCUUUGUCA